AUGGCGGCACUGACAGCGACGGCUCCCUCCAGUGACUACCCAACAGCAGUGGCGAGCUUUAGCAGUGACGGUCUCAGUUUCGAUGGCGACAACUCGCGAAGACAGGGACGCUCCUCCGCGACGGUAACGACGGUGCUGGCGCAGACUCCACGAAUGGCAAUGAGCCUCCGCGGAUCCCCUCUCUCUCCAUCGCAACUCCUUUCCACGAUAGCGCAGCUAGUAACAAUGAGGACGAACAGCAUGGGUGACAGAUUCGGCGGCGACCAACUGGCGAUGGCUCCUUCGCUCUCCUCUCCUGCCUUUUUCUUUUCACUUCCUUCUCCUUCUAUUCCCGUUUCUCUCUUCCCCUUUCUCUCUAUGCAAGCAAAUGGCAAAUCUCUUAAAGAGUUUAAUAACAUGCCAUAUCCAUCUGACGAAGUUAUUGAUGGUCUUGAUGACCACUUCAUAAUGGAUGAGUUAAACUUUGAUUGGAUAUCUCUUAAACUCAAGCUUCAAAGAUGCUUACAAACCAUAACAGAUGAACAACAAAACGCAUUUGAUAAGAUUUUAAAUGUUGUUAAUAGUGGAGUUGGUGGGUACUUCUUCAUGUAUGGUUAUGGUGGUACUAGAAAGACUUUUCUAUGGAGAACUCUUUCUGCUACUUUUAGAAGCAGUGGUCAAACUGUCCUCAAUAUUGCUUUUAAUUGUAUUACUGCUCAUUUUAGAUUUAAGAUUCCACUAAGCAUAAAUGAGGAUUAUGCAUGCCACAUAAAACAAAGAUCCUCACUAGCUAGAUUAGUUUGUAAGGUCAAGCUUAUUAUAUGGGAUAAGGCACCUAUGUUGAAAAAGUAUUGCUUUGAAGCUCUUUACAAAUGUUUUAAAGAUAUUUUGUGCAAUGAAUCUUAUUUUAAUCCUAAUUUACCCUUUGGCGGUAAAGUUGCUAUAUUAGGAGGUGAUUCCAGACAAAUUCUACAUGUAAUACCAAUGAGCUCGUACCAGAACAUUGUACAAUCUUCAAUAAAUUCAUCGUAUCUCUGGCCAUCUUGCAAAGUUAUUCGGCUAAAAAGAAACAUAAGACUUACAGAGGGAGGCAGCUUACCUGAAGAUGAGAAAUUAAAGUGUUUUGUACAAUGGCUAAUAAUCAAAAUUGGAGAAGGGUUAGGCGGUAAUUCAACUAAUGGUGAAUUUGAGGUCAUUAUUCCCGAAAAAAUACUCAUUGAUAAUAACACCAAUAGUUUUGAAAAAUUGGUAAGCUUUGUUUAUCUGGACUUAUUACUUAAUAUCAACAAUUCUAUAUAUUUCAAGGAGCGCACAAUCCUUGUUCCAACACUUCAGGUUGUGCCCGAUGUAAACAAUAUAAUGAUGGGUUAUCUUACUGGAGAAGAAAAAGUUUACAUUAGUUCCGACUCAUUAUGCAUUGAAGAAGGAAACAUGGAAUCUGAGUUGGAUAUCAUUACCACUGUUGUGUGGAACUCAAUUAAUUAUUUUGAAUUGCCUACCCACCAGUUUAAACUCAAAGUAGGUGUACCUAUUAUGCUAUUACGAAACAUUGAUCAAUCUAAAGGCCUUUGA